UAUUUCACAUGCAGAUAUUUGUGAAUAUAUUUGGCAAUAAAAAACUGACAGCAAUUUCGUCAUUUAUAUCAAUUGUCUUAAUAGAGAAAAAGAUCCGUUGCAAAAGCAGUGUUCGACUUCAAACCAAAAUACUGCUUCCAGUGAAAUUCUCGAUGAAACAAAUAGUCCGUUUGUCUACGUUGUUCCAAGUGACGUUCAAAGCUAUACAUCAAAUAUUUGUGCUGAUUUUAAUAAUAAAGACAUUAUCUACAGUGGAACUAGAAGAUCUAAGCUUCAAAAUUUGUGAAGUUUUCCCUGGAGAAGUAGCUACCACAUAUUAUCAAAAAUUUUGUCAAGGCAGACAUGCGCAUGGAAAAUUACAUGAUGCGUAUAAUAAUUACAGGACGUCGUUGGCAGCUGCAGGUUUAAUAGUACGCAGAUCUAAAUCCAAAACUCGAGUUGUUGAGACUUUAGACUUGGACAGAGAUUUGCAACAGUUGUCAACUGAUAUUGACAUAAAACGUUGUCAACAGCCUUGGAAAAAAACUUCUGACUACAGAAUUCAACUACUAAAUAGUACUAUAUCGACAUCAGAUUACAUCAAAACAUGCCCAGUACUAGAGCAAUGUAAUGCAUAUGAAUUGAUUCUUAUUGAUGUAGAGCUAAAAUAUAAGAAGACUUUAAAUAUAACCAUACCAGAUGCAUUCUAUUCCUCAAUAAUCCGGAAAACAAAGAAUAUCCGAUCACAAACUGUAGAGAAGAUUAUUAGUUUAAUUAAUAACGAGAAUGAUGAAACACAAAAAUCAUUGCUAGCUCUGAUGUUAGUUCCUUUUUAUUUCCCCACAACAACCCUGCGAGGGAAGAAUAUUAAUCUUCAUGAAGGCGAAAAUUUUUACAGUCAAAUUAAUUCACUGGACACGAAUCAACCAAGAAUUAUUUUGAUUGGAGUUCCUAUUCAGUUAUCAUGGGUUCUGGUAGCUCAUAUUAAGUACUGUUUUCCAACAAUUGAAAAAGCUUUGGUUUGUGCAAUGUCCGCAUAUCUUGGAUUAAAUAUAAAAUACCCGCCGGUUUCUGAAAAAGCUUGGUUCUUCUUACAAAAACACAUGUUUCAAAUAUCAACUGCCUACGACAAUAAUUUGGAAAGUAGAAUUAGUACCUACAUUUAUUCACCAUUUGAAAGGACAUAACACUUCCAAUUUAUGUAAUGAAAUGCCUCGGACUCCUGAUAUAAAUUCCACAAAUUUAGAUAUCACAUACCAACCUAUUACCCAUUCCGAACUUCCUGCUAAUGACUACCUCAUGAAGUUUGUUAAACGUUGCUAUUAUUUCUGCUUUAUAUCUUGAUCCGCGAUUUAAUUUUCUGGACUCUCCUUAUUUUACAGAUGAGCACCGAAAAAUUGGAUUGGUUCAUAUUUUAAAAACAUAUUCCACCAUAUCAUCUCUGAACGGUAUAAAUGAUGUUGAUUUGGAUUGUAGUCACGAAGAAUUACCAACUACAUCCGCUCGACCUGAUGACCCAUUCAAGGACUUGGAAGAAGAAUAUCAACUUUCCAAAGGUUGCUCUACUAUUCUUACAAAUGCGACCAUAAGACAAAAAUUUGACAAGCUGUCGUAUAAUGAAAGGAUGCCAUUUGGAACGAAUGUUUUAGAGUACUGGAAAAAUUUAGCUAGUACGGAUAAAGAGAUGUCUAAGUUAGUGGAGGUCAUCUUAGCAGUACCAUCAAGUCAAGUGUCCGUUGAAAGAGCAUUCAGCGCCUUAUCAACUAUUAUAACAAAGCAGCGAACAAAAUUAUGUGGUGAAACCAUAAGUAAUUUGCUGCUUGUCAAAUUAAAUUAUAAUUUAUUGGAAUCAGUAGAUAUGUAGUUAUAUACAAAGCUGAU